GUCUUGUACCCGUGGCCCAGUCCAGGUAUUCGUCGCCAGUGGAGCUUAGUGAUCACCUCCCCGUUGCUCGUGUGCUCAAACUAUAAUAUCCCUGCGUCGACAAGACAACUUAGACAAGGCACGCGACCGACGAGAUGUGAGAUGACGAGUCCAUCGACCAUUGUGGAAAAGACGGCUCGCUCCCAGUCCCAGUCAAAAACUGUCAGCACUGGAAUUGGCUGAAAACUGUCAUCUGCUUGGCUAUCAAAAGCCUCCUGGAUUUAGACGCUCAAAUAAGUGCCAAGCGUGUUCGUCUAGUGUUGGGAAUGCAAGGAGGAUUUUCUCACCAUGCCAUCGCGUGCCGCUUGAUUUUGCGGCUGAGACCCUUAUGUAGGGAGCGUCAUCAAAAAUAUCAAUUCUUUUCUGGUUUUCUGGCACUGCGAGCCUUCACUCUUGUUGAAGGCUAAAAAUUCACGAAACAGGAGGGUGAUCAAGACGGGUGCCAACCGCAUCAGAAAGUCCGGACGAUUCCUAUCCGCUGUCGCCAUCCUUGCGUACUGUACCCGAAACCCCUGGGGAUUCCAAACUUUGAUGCCCAGCUGUUUAGACCAGCUGCUCCGGAGGGAACACCACCCAAUGCUUUUUCUGGUGUCCCCAACGCACGCCGGCAAUGAUAGUUAAUCCAUGAUUCGGACGCACCAAUCCCCCGAGAUUUCGAUAUCUGAAACCCUGCCACUCGGAAGGCCGCGUCACCUCGCAUCUCCACAAGCAUGGGCGCCAGUCCAAAAACACAAGCUUUUUGACGAGGCUUGGCAAAGCUUAGCACCGCCCUGUGCUCCAUCUCUUCUUCUUCGGGGAGUUCAGCAGACUAUCGUUCAGCCAUUGCUGACACUGAUGGGGCAAUCUGUAGGUCAAAACAAUUAAAAGUCAAGCCAUCGGACGCACGAGCAGCAUUUCCAGUACUAACAUAAAUACGAGAAAUCGGUACUUGAGAAACAAGCCUCAGCGAACAAACCUGCCCACGUGGAAACUCGGCGCGCCCUGUGAAGUGUUGAAAAUGCUGAUUUGGACAAAUGCCUCAAGUCAUGCUAACUCCCACUCUUUCUUACCAAUAUCUCCUUGUCCUCAGAAGGCGGCACGAGAAAUCAACUGCCUAAUACUUGCACAGACAUAAUAAUUCGGGAAUUUCGGCGGCUGUAAGCGGCCUUUUGCAUAUCAACGGAAUUUAUCCAAACAAGAUAUGGUUGACAUGAGGACAGCUGGUCAGAGCAGUUCUGCAAAAAGCAAAGCUCGAUCCAUCCUAUCCAAAUAUUCCACCUACCAGCCAGCUAGGCCGAGUCGUCGAACUGCCAAAGAUGGAAUUAAGACCACCAGUACUGUCAAAACGAUCAUUUCGAUUGACUCGUCAUCACUGUCCAUGCGUAGCCUUGCACUUUUGGAUGGAACGAAGUUUAUGCUUGAUGCAAUUUUCAGAACUCUAAGUGGUCGCAUGGAUUGGGUCAUCAUCCGAUUCUGGGCUCCGUUAAGCUUACCUUCACUCCCGCGCUUUAGGUUACAUCCCGGGCAGGGGAGACAUCCAUGACGAGUCUUUAUCCUUAUUUUUAUUCUUGGCUAUUCCUACGCAUUCAUCUUUCCUUCUUCCUAUGGCUAAGAAAUUUCCAGACGGAUUCUCGUGGUAGUCAGGUGAUGAGUAUCACGUGAACUAUAUCCGUCUGAAAGUUGAUCGGAGCAGGCACAGUUUGGUCUUUCUUACUCUUCUUCACGGAGAAAGUGGAAUAAACGCAAAUAGUCGACCAAUCAUAUCAUUGUCUUACCGCCUCGGAGUUGUCGAGGCCCUGACAGAUGCCAUGGGAACGUGGAGCUGUCCAUCGCAUUUCCUCUCAACAUUGGCUUCUCUAGGUAAGUUACCUCCAAUUUCAAACAUCCUAUUCAUUUUGCACUGUCGUCACUAAAAGUUACUCGACCGAGAGCCUUCAAUGUCAACAACAGCCCAACAAGAUGCGACUAUUCAGGUUGAGAUAUACCGUCGCCAAUGCUUGCUGUGUUUAAAUGCGUCCGAAAUCCACUUUUUUCCUUUGUAAAAUAUGCUUUUAUUUACCUAUCCAAACAAACUUCAGGCCUUUUUAAAUAAUUUCAUCUCAAUGGGUGAGAUCACUGGCGGUGUAGUUGCUUUUGAUGUCGCGAUCAGAAGCGAAAUGCAAGCGUGACUCGGGUGUAACCUAAAAGUCCAGACCGCAACACAUUCACAUCCUCGUUCCCCUCAAUCCAGCAAAUCAUGCAAGCAAUAUCUCAGUACCCUAGAACAACCAUGGACAAACUCAUAUACAGUUCUGUCCAUGCUCUCGCAGCUGUUGUUGGAGUUGGACUACUCUGCAUACUCUCCAAAGUCAUCUAUAACAUAUACUUUCACCCCUUGUCCAAAUUCCCCGGUCCAAAGUGGGCUGCGGCUUCAAACUUAUUCUAUGUAUUCGGAUGGACAGGAGGACGCUGGGCCUUCACCGUCGAAGCCCUCCACAAGAAAUACGGCCCAGUCGUCCGAUUCGCCCCCAAUGACCUGGACUUCUCCACCGUAGAAAGCUACCAAGACAUCUACGGCACCGCCACCAAAGGACGCAAACAAUUCCUGAAAGGCGAAUGGUACAAUCAAGGACCCGGCGGGACCAGAUCCCUCGUGAUGUCCAACGAGCGAGAUCCCGUCCGGCAUCGCGAGGCUAGGAAAUUGCUUGCUCCGGCGUUUAGUUCCAGUGCGCUCCGUGCGCAGACGGCUUUUGUUUUGAAGUAUGUUGAUAUGUGGAUUGAGCAGAUCAGGAAGCAUGGGGAUACUGAUGGGGGUAUCAACAUUGAGGAAUGGUUCAACUGGCUCACCUUCGACAUCAUUGGUGAUCUCGCAUUCGGCGAAUCCUUUGGCGCAGUGGAGAACGCCAAAGGUCAUGAAUGGGUUCCUGCUAUCAAGCGGGGUAUCGCAGAAGGUCAGCUUACAGAUGUCUUUCGACGGGUUCCGUUCUUGAGAUAUUUUCCUUGGGCUGUCAGAGGUCAAAGAGUACCGACAAAUCGACUUGCAAAUACCAAGCGGUCAAGAGAUCUCGUUGAGAGGCGUAUGAAGAGCGGUAGUGAGAGAGCGGACUUCUUCUCUCAUAUUGUGAAGAGUGAGGAGCUUGAUCUCAGUUUGGCGUACCUGACUGGACAGGCGAAUAUGUUGGUUAUUGCUGGGUCUGAAACUGUUGCAACGGCGCUUGCUGGGACUACAUACUACCUCCUCCAUACCCCUCAAGCUCUCAAUCGCUUGAGCGAAGAAGUAAGGUCAUCUUUCACAACCUGCAAAGACAUCAACGGCGAUACCACUCAAUCCCUCCCCUACCUCAACGCCGUGAUCUCCGAAGGCCUCCGCAUCUUCCCACCCGUACCCGCCGGCCUCCCCCGCAUCAGUUCCGGCGACCCAAUAUCGGGAUACGCCGUCCCAGCGGGCACCAGCGUCUCCACCUCAUUCUGGACAACCACACGCUCUGCCUCGUACUUCGCCUCACCGAGAUCAUUCUGUCCUGAGCGCUGGCUCGAUCACGACCAUCCGUUCUGGGAAGAGAGAUUUGCAGACGAUGUUAAGGAUGCGUCGAGGCCGUUCUCGAUUGGGCCGAGGGCGUGUAUUGGGCUUGGGUUGGCGGAGUUGGAGUUGAGGAUUGUUCUUGCGAGGGUGGUGUGGGGGUUUGAUUUGGAGGGGGUUAAUGGGACGGAGGAGCUGGAUUGGGUGGGGAGGGUUACGAUGAGGUUGUUGUGGGAGAAGCCGGCGUUGUGGGUUAGGUUUAGAGAGGUGGUGAGGUAGGAGGAGUUGAUAUAUGGAGCACAAGGCUGGGCUGUUUUGGGGACUUUGGUCACUAAUUUAUGAACUUCACGACUUAUGUCUCGGACUAAUGUUGAAGCAUUGAUUAUUUGGAUGCGAAG